GGUAAUUCAGAAGCUGUUGUGGAUAACUUUCAAGCAAGUCAAGAAUCUUUGGAUGAAUUGGGUAUUUACCACACUGAAGGAAGCUAUGUUGAACAUCGUCCAUUCACAUCAUCACAAGAGUUCAAUAAGGAAGAAAGAAACAUCAACAACAGGUCCUUUCAAGAACAGCAGCAUCAAGCUUUACAACAUCACCUCUCAGAGAAUGCUUUGUCAACAACAUUUACGUCAUCAUCUUCAUUACACAGUGCGCAUGAAACUCGUGUGCGCCCUCACACAGUUACUGCCUACUAUGAUUUCCAUGCCAGUGAAGACAUGUCUUCAACUGCUGAUUUACAGAAACAACCUGAACAGCAGAAUUAUAUUCAUUCAGAACUUUCUCUAGAAAGACGACGAGCUUUACUUCCAUCGUAUCGACAAGCUCCUGAUUACGAGACUGCUGUCCAUCAAAAGUAUGGAAUCCAUAGCACCAGUUUAGGAGAUACAUCCACCCAUAGUGGUAUCCGUCAGUCUCGGACCAGCUCCACCAUAACAGACAGUCAGGUCGACAUCUCCCACGCUUACCACCAAGCUGCUCCUCUGCAGUCUUACACUCAGUAUAAAAACUAUACUGAUUUGUCCCACCUGAAAAGUAAUGGUUCAGCUGGAGUUGUGAGUGAUGUCGGUUUAGGUCUUAGCAGGAGUAAUGAUCUUUCAGUACCUCCUUCACACACCUACAGUAGUCCUGAAUUAACAUCACAAGGCCUGCCAACAGAUCUGACUGCAGAACAACUGUUAGUAAAUCUGCAUCUCUCAUACCAGUACAAACCCCCACCUCCUUAUCCUUACAGUCAGAGGUCAAGUUCUAGUACUCCUGACCUGACUAAAGGUCACCAGGUGAGAGUUCUUUGA